AUGGUAGUGGCAUACCUCAGAAAAGCAGCCUCCUGGCUCGCUCCACCGCCCAAACAAUCCGAAGACGGGCGCGACCAAUGGCCCUCGCGCGCAGCGUUCCUCCUCGCCGCAAUGGGCGGGUGCGCGGGCCAGGGGAAUCUAAUCCGGUACCCGUCAGUGGUCUACAACAACUACGGGCUCCAAUGGUUCAUCCCGUACUUCCUGGCCGUCUUCUUCGUCGCGAUUCCGGCGCUCAUCCUCGAAAUCAGUAUCGGGCAGGCAUAUCGCGGGGGGACGGUGAUUGCGUUCAACAACAUCAAUCGAAGGCUCAAGGGCGUGGGCAUGGGUCCGAUCUUGGUGUCUUUCAUUGUGACGCAGUACUUCACGGUGAAUCUGGCGUGGAUCAUGAAUUAUUUCCGGAAUAGCUUUCGGAGUCCGUUGCCGUGGGAGAAUCGCAUCGAUGAGUUUUAUAUGGGCGAUGUCAUUCAUAAUGUUGAUCCCGUUGUUGGGGAGUUGAGUUCUGAUGGUAAGCGUGUCCUCUCGUACACGGAGUACCCUGGUGUCUCGCUCCUCGGUGAAACGGUGGGCUGGAGCGCAUUCAUCUGGUUCCUCAUCUGGAUUUCUAUAUUCCGGGGUGUUGGAUUGACAGGGCGGGUCGUAUACUGGACAAUGGGCCUCCCGAUCGUAACAACAAUAAUCUUCGUCGGGCGCUCUCUAUCCCUCGACAACGCCUCCGAAGGCGUAAGAUUACUCUGGGCAACCUGGCGCGGCGGGCAACUCGCCUCGGGCACAGUCUGGCAAACGGCCGUGGGACAGGUCUUCUUCAGCACGGGCAUCGGGUUCGGCUAUUUCACGUCGUACGCAUCCUACAACGCGAAACACAGCAACGCCGUCAUGGACGCCCUGCUCAUCUGCGGGAGCAACGUGCUCUUCGAGAACUUCGCUGCCUUCGCGGUCUUCGGCGUCGUCGGGUAUCUUCGCCGGUGGCCGGAGGACGGCGAGCGACUGGGCGCAUUCGUCGUUGGGUUCCUGACCCUCCCCGAGGCGGUCCUGCAUAUGCCUGGCGCGAACUUCUGGGCUGUCCUGCUGUUCUUCACGCUCGUUGUGCUGGGGUUUAGUUCGGCGUUUGUGAUGCUUGAUGCGGUUGCGACGCUCGUUGUGGAUAGUGGGCUGAAGGUAUCGAGGCCGGUUAUUGUCACUGUGCUCACCCUCGUCUCGUUCCUGAUGUGUCUGCCGUACUGCACGGAGUUCGGGUUCUAUCUGCUCGACGGAAUCGAUAGGUGGAUUAACAACAUCUGUCUCAUUUUCGUGGUCUGGUCGGAGGUUGUCAGCGCGAGUACCGUCUACCGCUGGCAAGACGUGGUCGAUCAAACCGGCCUCCCUGCAUUCGCGACCUACAACUUCGCGUACUUCGGCGGACAAAUCAUCGGUGUCUCUGUGGCGCAUGGGACCGAGAACCCGGGUAUCGGCGCCGGUGCAGGCUUCGGCGUCUACGUCGUCUUCGCCAUCAUCUCAGCCCUGAUUGCCAACAAGCCAAGUAUCCCAGCCCCGAGAUUCUGGGGACGGAAUGUCUUCCUGAGCAAGUUCUGGUACCUCGCUGCGUACUCUGGCAACCAAAUCCGCCGCGACCUCAAUGCCAUAAUCGGCGGCGAAAAGAACUGGAAGAUCCCCUCCUUCUGGCCCGUGCUGCUCCGAUACGUGUGCGCCCCCGUGCUCGCUAUAAUCUUCAGCUUCGCGUACCCCGAGUUCCACACAUUGCGGUACGACCCGCUUAUGAUUACGGGGUUUAUUCUCGCGCAUAUUGUGCUGCUGGUUAUUCUGAUGGGAUUUGUGCUGCCGCGGUACUAUGAUGUUUUCAUUCCGCCGGGACGGAUUGAUGAGGGAGAGAGGGUCCGGGCGGAGUUGGUUGGUGAGCAGGUUGUUCCGAGGAAUGGGAAUGGGGUGCUUAGCGAAGAGGAUGGGAUGGUUGGGAGGGCGGAGGGGGAGUUUGUGAAGGAGUGA